AGGAGGAUAUUAUUUAGCGCAAGAAAGCCGACAUAGAGUGAGCCUGUGAUCCAUAGGCCCGCCAUGGCGAAGAUAGUCCGCUUGUUUGUUACUACUGACUGAUACGCCAAGUCCAUUACCACAGCCCUCCCACGACGGCUUAGCCAGCCCUCUCCAAGAGAGCCUGAAUUCUGUCAUUCGUCCGGUCCUACGAAUGAGAAGGUAGGCGGCCAGCUGUGCGGGACACACUCGCUAUGCCUCGGGAUAUUCCGUGAGGGUCUCCCGUGUUGCUGGGGCUAGCGGGAGAUGGGGCUAAAUUUUGACGCAUCACUCGACGUAUCACGUGCAUUAGCUCAAAUAAUUACCCGGUGUGGUAGAGACUAUAUAAAAGCGGUGUUUAAAGGUCCAGCAAGUAUCAGUGUUGGUCAAGCAGUGAAGGAGAAGAAGCGAGAUCGCAACUAGAAAGAUAAUAUUCGCAGCCAUGCGUCUUUGUCUACAGGUUUUCGUGAUAGCCCUUUGUGCGAGCUUGGCGUGGAGUGCGAAUCCUCGGGAACAUAUGGAAAAACGAUUUGAACCAAUAGAAAUGAGCAAAGAAAGGAGUGAUACGUCAUCUGCAGCCAUGGUAACAUGGACAGACCAAUCAGAAUCCACAACAGCCAUCAGGGCACGCAGAGCGCCAAGGGCGCAAGAGAUCCGUCUUGUUAUCCCAUUACAGUUAAGGCCAGGAAGAAAAGGACGGAGAGGAGACAAGCGCUCUCCCUGGAUUCUUCGCAUCGCAAGUCCACGGAAUCAUCGUGGUAGAAAGCACCGACGAAUAGGUGCGAAACGCAGAAAAUUGAAAAGCGGUAAUGAAGUGAGAAAUAAUAGACAUAGAAAUCACCCUCGCUACAUCAAAAGUGAAUGGAACAGGAAAGUAAAACUCCAUAGCCGACAGAAGAAAAGAAAAAAUAAGAGCAAUGAGCACUGUAAUCACGACCACGAGAUCAGAAUGAGGAAUCGAAAACAUUGGCAAAGGCGAGACAAAGGAAUGCGCUUAAACCUUGGCAAAGCUCGGCAAGGCAAAAACACACGCAAAGGAAAACUUUCAAACCUUAGCAAAGCUCGGCAAGGCAAAAACACACGCAAAGGAAUACUUUUAAACCUAGACAAAGCUUGGCAAGGCAAAAACACACACAAGGGAAUAAUUUUAAACCUAGGCAAAGCUCGGCAAGACAAAAACACACGCAAAGGAAUACUUUUAAACCUAGGCAAAGCUCGGCAAGGCAAAAACACACGCAAGGGAAUACGUUCAAGUCUUGGCAAACCUCGGCAAGGCAAAAACACACCCAAGGGCAUCCAAUUAGUGUUUAUCAAGAAUAAAAAGGCUGACGCUGGCUCAGGUGUUUCUUACGUCCGCUUUAAAAUCGGAAAAGAAAGCAGAGGACAAAAAGCAAAAAGGCAAAAGGGGAACAAAAAUAGAAAGCGCACAACAGGCUUCAGUAGGAAAGGACGAGUUAGCCGCAAGGGUAAACAGGGACGCACGGUGAUUUAUCGCAACCAUCACCAUUGGGGCGAAGAGUGAUCCCCUUUAAAUAGGCUUGCUUUUUACCAAAAGCAAGGAAUCCAGGCUUGUCAGGGUAGCAAAGUUUAUCAGGGGAAUUUAAGGAUAAGGAAUGAAAAUUGUGUUGGUGCGGGAUCGGAUCUUUUCUUUUAGGCUAAAAUAAUUGGGCCGGAUCGCAAACCAUUUCUGGGCAUCUGAGACACGGGAUUUACUUAUUUAUAUAGGGCAGGGAACACGAUUCCGGGAUCAAGCUUAUUCGAGUCACUUGAGAAAUGUUUACCUUGUUUUUACUCCGGAAUUGUAUCUGAACUCACGAAAAUUUGUCGAAUACCAGUUUUUGGUGCAGUGCACUCACCGUCUAAAAAUCUUAGAAAUACUUUUAUAGUAUGAAUGCACGUAACGCCCAUCGUAAAAUUUAUAUGAUUAUAAUGGUACUGUUUUCAAACUCCAUCGUCAUUGCCACAAAAUGAUUUGUGUGAAUCUCACACAUAAUGCGACUAAAAGCCAUUAGCGUCAGUGUAGCCUGCGAGCCGGCUCUCAUUGGGGUUUAUUCGGAAAUAUUUUGUUUUCGAAUAUUGGGAAUCCUGUGGCGCGCAAGAAGGCCGAGGUGCGCUGGGGCGAGGGUGCAAAUGGAUUAGAAAUUUCUUAGCCAACAAGCAGGCUACCGACAGUGACUGAAGUCCGGAUAAGUCAUAGAUCUAUAGCACUACACAUUUUCUGUUAAUUCAUUCAAAUUUUAUGGGUCCCAGCACUGUCAAACUAAAGUGGUUCCACUGUACAAAAAUAGAAUCGAAUAAAUACCAACAGAAAAUCAUGUUUGCCAUUUCUUUCAGUGAGAUCCGCGAAGUCGAGCGUUUCCGUGUGUUACAUUCGAGUCCAAAGCUUUCGCAAAAAUUGUCAUAAAAUCAACACCUGUCCCAUGCACGGUUCCCAUAGAGACGGGAAAAUGCUUAUCUUGUCGCACCGGCACUUGGAUGUUUAGUUAUCUCGCUUUUACGCGCGCCAUAUUAUAGAAAAAAACGAGUAGAAAAGCGGACAGAAGUCUAAUAAGAGAGCUUAUCCAGAUAUUCAUACCAUCAACCUUGUUAACGGCCAAGUUGGAAAUUUGAUACGCUUGUUACCACAUUAACAGAGUUUACCAAAAAGUUCCAUCAGAAUGUCGGAUGCUGAGAUCGAGAUGGAUGCCAAAGUCACGGCAGACCCAAAGCUGGAUGAAGGAAACGAUAAAAGCGAUCAACCGAACUCAUUUAAGCAAACUACAGGUGAAGAAACAAACGAGAAUACAACUGAAAAAACCGACCAGGAAAACGAACGACAAAAUGACAACAAUCUCACAGAAACUGGUGGGACCAUUAGACAAAAUGACGAAAGCCCGCCAAACCCUGACUUCGAUGCAAACCGCGUGGAAAGUCCAAAACCAUCACCUAGGCCUACCAGUGGUUCACAUAGCGCAGGGCAAAGGGGUAUAACGGAUCAAAACGAGAGAAGUGUGGAACGCCCUGGGAGUGCUGUAGGGCGUAAUGGUCCUCAAGGGAAGUCGCCCUCACCGCAAGCGAGUCCAAAGCCUUUGAAAAAAGAGGACUCAUUCAUGAAAAAGUAUCUUAGUGGCAGUGAAGACGACUUUGAGAGUGACGAAGAGAAGAAGACGAAACCUAAGAACAAACCUACAAGGACAGCGGCUCCCAAAAGGCCAGUGGCUAAGACGACCAAUAAGCCUCCGAGCAAAAAUGACAAGAAUUCACCUAAAAAAUUCGCGCCAAAAGAUAAUUCAAAGGAGAAAAAAGAUAACGUGAUCAUCAAAAGGAAGCAAAAGCUGGAGCCGUCACUCAAAUGGAGAACCUUGAACCUGCUCGGCAAUGAUGAGAGUGAUGGUGGUAGUGAAGACAAAAAGAAGCAAGGGACGGCUAAAUCGAAGCAGAGUAGACGCGAAAGCCGCAGGCAGACGAUGCAUUCGGAGCGGGGGCGAUCCGUGGCGACGUACCCAGACACCAUCUACAGCGAGAGCUCAACAGAAAGCGAAGAGGAGGAUGAUAGAGUGAUGGACGGCAAAGUGAACGCUGCCGACUUACCUUCGGAAUAUUGGCAGAUACAAAGAAUGGUCAAGUUUUUGAAGAUUGGGAAUCCUACCGCUACGGUUAUCUGCUUGUGCGGCUUAAGAGACUUUAACCUUUCUCAAGAGAUGUGCCAAAUGGCUAUACGUGAUAUCAACGGCUUGCAGAUACUCAUCAACCUUCUUAAGACUGAGAGCGACAAGUGCAAGAUUGGGUCACUUAAAAUCCUUCAACCACUGACCACUAGUAGCAAAUACAACAGAAACGCUAUCAUUAACCUUGGAGGAGUUCAACUGUUGGUUGACCUUGUGACCACAGGAAGCCAGGAGGUCCAGGGCCUGGCCGCCGCAACUCUAGCCAAUAUCGCCAUGGCGAGCAGAGCUAGGAACAUCCUGCGACGAUGUGGAGGAAUACGAAAAAUGGUGAACUUACUGAACUACCAAGACAAGUCUUGGCGCAAACAGAAGUCGCAAGAGCAAAAGAACCUUGACCUUGAGGUGGCCCGCAGUGCCGCGCUUGCGCUAUGGAGCUGCAGUACAAGCAUGCGCAACAGGACGUCUAUCUUUAAGGCAGGAAGCGUGCCACUGCUCGCGAGACUGAUUCGCCUUGAGAGAGAAGACGUACUCAUCCCAGUAGUGGGCCUUGUCCAGGAAUGCGCGAUAGAGACACGAUACCGAACAGCUUUUAAGAACGAGAACAUGAUCGAGCCAAUCGUGCAGAACCUGAAGACAGAGAACCAGGAAUUGCAAAUCUACUGCGCUAAUGCCAUCUUCAAGUGUGCCGAAGACGAGGAUACACGCAAAGUUGUCCACAAAUAUGGAGGACUCGAGACGCUUGUCAAGUUACUCUCCUCGCAUCAAAACAAGAAGCUGUUGGCCGCUGUUACUGGUGCUAUCUGGAAAUGCUCUGUCAGUGUGGAGAAUACGAAGAGGUUUCUUGAGCUUGACAUUGUUGAGGCACUACUCAGGUUCUUGCAAGACGAGCACGAGGAACAGCCAGAACAGGUGCAAGUCCACAUUGUAGGAGCGCUCUCAGAACUCGCCAAAGUGCAGAAGGGUCGUUUGGAGAUCCUCGCCUGCAAGGGAUGCAAGACGCUGGUUGACCUGUCAACCGACCCCAAUGAAGAACUAGUCGAGCAAGUGGGCAGAGCUAUCGCCGCCUGCUCUCAGGACGUAGAGUGCAGGGGACAAUUCAACCGCCGUGAUGGGUUAAGGCUCCUGUGGUCUUUGCUCAAGUCAAAUAACCCCAAGGUUAUUGCAAGUGCAUCAUGGGGAAUACAUGGUUUGAUGGAGGAUACUCCGGAAGCGUGGGAGAACGCUCGUUCGUUUGUCGGUGGACUUGAGCUGAUUGUGAAUAUGCUGGAAUCCGAUGAUAUUGAGGUUUUAACAAGUGUCUGUGCGGCUAUCGGUAACGUCGCUAAUGAGGGUGAGAAUAUUGGAGUCAUCACAGACUAUGGAGUUGUGAAGCAUUUAGCCAAGCUAACAGUCCUGAAUGAUAUCGCGCUGAGAAGACAUCUUGCAGAGGCCAUUGCUCGGUGCUGCAAGUGGGGUCACAAUGCACGUGACUUCACACGUGAAGGGGCCGUGGAGGCUAUGGUAGAGUACCUUUCUACAGACGAUACCAUCUUGAAGCGAUCGGCUGUCCGUGCACUGCACCAACUGGCACGGUACCCGGAGAGCUGCAUCAAGAUGCAUUCAAGUGGAGUUGUCAAGCCCCUCAUGGAAAUGGUUGGAUCUGAGGACGAAGCGCUGCAAGAGGCCGCGGCCGGUUGUUUGCUUAACAUAAGAAAACUGGCAAUGGCGAACGAGAAGGCACGUCAGGAUGCACGCAAGAAUAGAGACAACCGAUCGGAUAUCAUGAAAACACCUACAGACAUUCCAAACUCAUCAGGCUAGAGAUGGUCGAUAAAACUGUGUUAUCUAAGGGACGUGUCCUUGUUUGCACACUGUGUAAAGUGUAACCUUUUUUAUAUUGACACAGUAUCAGCCAUUAUCGGAACUCCGUCUAUUUUAAUAGAAAAAAAAAUGUCGAUCCUCAAAUGUAAAUUUGUACAAAAGAUAUUCACAGAUUUCACAGAAAGCGGAAUGACAGGGGCUAAAGUACCAAAAAAAACUCAAAGGACCCUAUAGGUACUUAUAAAAAAAAGAGGUUCUUGAGACAGGUGUCGCAUUGGCAGCCAGAGGCUAAGCCAUGCUCGAGGAUCCAGCGUACAAGGCUAAGUGCGCUUGUGAAUAACGACAGAAUUCCAGAUGAUUGAUGGAAUGGUCUUCUUUGGUACUUUUAUCAUGUUUUCAAUGUCCCCCAACAUUUUGUUGUGAGAGAAAUUCUGUAGCAAAUUGUCCUUUGAUGUUCCGUGCAUCAGCAAUUGCUUGUGGUGCACGUUUCAGUAUACAUUUCCAACUCGUGCCAUUCAUCACGAUUUAUCUGAACAAUUGCACAUGGAUCCUGGCGCGCCGGUUUCUAUGGUAAUGCGCGCACAAACUUAUAGCUGGAAUAGCAUAUUCUACAACUGUAAAGACAUGUUAUUACAAAACAGCUUUUAUUUUGAAUAAACUGUAAAACUACAAAA